GUCCUGUUUCUCAAUCCCCUCAAACCAAGCCCGAAAAAUCCUCUACUCUUCUCUCUCUCUCUCUCUCUCUCUCUCUCUAAACUCUCUCUCUCUCUCUCUCUAAACCUCUCUCUCCUCCAACGUCGCAAUCCUUUUGAAUCUUCGAUCGGUGAGAUCCAACGUCGCAAUCCUUUUGAAUCUUCGAUCGGUUGGAGAAGAGGAUCGAUGGUGGCGGAGGAGGACGCGAUUGAUCAGGCGAGCAGCGCCCGUCGCGAGAGAUUGAGGGCUCUCAGGGCGGCGAAAGAGUACUCGAGCACACCCGACGAAGGUUCCGCCGAGAAUGAGGGCAAUUCGAAAGUUUCUGGUGACGAUCGCGAAGAGAGGACCGUCAACUCUGCUGAAGAUGAUUCAAUAGAACAAGCUGCUGCUGCACGUCAUGAGAGGCUAAAAGCUCUUAGAACAGCAAAGGAGCUUUUGGAAACACCUGAUGAUGGCUUAAAGGCUCGUGCUGCAGAAGAUUCUGAAGAAACAGAGGACAACACGAUGCCGAAUAUGAAGUUCAGAAACUACCUUCCUCAUGAUAAGCAACUUCAAGUAGGCAAGCUGGCUCCAGUUGUUCUCUCGAAGUUUGAAGACCCAAUUGCUACUGCUCCUAUAGUUCCUGAGAAAACUGAGGAUCCUUUUAUGAAUAUAGCUCCAAAGAAGCCGAAUUGGGAUCUUCGGCGAGAUGUGCAGAAAAAGCUCGACAAACUUGAAAGGCGCACACAGAAAGCACUAUAUCAACUCAUGUUGCAAGAAAAGGAAAAAGAAGCUUCUGAGGCAGUAGAUGAUGCUAUGGGAGAUUGAGACGCUGAAAAUCGUUGCGCUAGUAAGAGCAGAAGCAACGCUUAUAUGUUAACGAUGCAGGCUGAUGGGAGCUUUUAUGGUAAAUUUUAUGGUAAAUUGGCCAUUUGGAGUGCAAAUCAUUAGUUUGGUACGCUAGUGAAGCUAGGAAAGACUAAUUAAACUGGGACAUGUUGUUACAUUGUGCUCAACGGCUGUUCAAAGCUAAUUACUCGCCUAGAUUGCUCUUUUAGCACGCAGAUACUCGAUGUGUGGAAUCAUAUCAUUUUAUGGAUGCAGAGGAGAAUGAGAAGAUUCAAAGGAGUCCCUGGUGGUCUGAAGAGUAGAUGCAAAAAGUUAGCCAUCUUGCCUUUUAACCCUUUGCUGUUUGGUAUGCUCACUUCUGGAAACAACCAUUUGCCAUUUAGAUUCUGCUAAAUUUGUCUUGGAUCUUUAGUGUGCUUUUUCUCAAAAAAAAAAGAAAAAAGAAAAAAAAAAAAGAAUCUGUGGUGUGCUCAUUAUCUAUGUAUCUUUCUACAGUAUAUCAGAAAAGAUGUCUAACUCUUGAGUUUUUUUUUUUUU